GGCGAGGUACGUCGCUUCGUUUCGUUGAGCAGCGCAGGCGUUGCCCUUUGAAUGUUUGUUUGUUUUCGCCCUCGACACCCUUCAUGUAAAGAAGAAAGCAGAAGAAUCAAAGGAAACCGCGCGUUCUCACGAUACGAUGUUCAGGGAGGAGUAGCGAAUCAGUAAUCGGGAUCGUCGUCGUAUCAGCGCAAGAGAGAGGCCUUGCAAAGUUCGCCGCAGUGUGAUAUAUCCGUCGCCUUCUAUUUAGUUUACUUUAUUCUCUUUUGUCGGUAUUUUUCUAUAUCGGUCGGUUGUACAACACGAGAGCAACGCGCGGCCGAUCGUAGAAUCGCAAAGUGCGACCGGGACCCAGCCGCACCGGUGCCGGUUUCGUUCAAGAAAUCCAUUCGGUGAGGAAACGACAAGCGGAACAAGUACUAGAGGAAGAAGCAUUGAAGACUGCAGUGUGAAUGAACGUGGACAGCCACUGAACAGAUAAGAUUAGUGAAGUACUAAUACAGAGGUAACCAUGGAGGACGGCCAUUGCAAAACAGUGGACGAGGUGUUAAAUUACUUUAAUGUUGAUCCUGACAAAGGAUUAUCUCUUGAUCAAGUCAAGAGGAAUCAGGAGAAAUAUGGUCUGAACGAAUUGCCAGCCGAGGAGGGAAAGUCCAUAUGGCAACUCGUCUUGGAGCAAUUCGACGACCUUCUAGUUAAGAUUCUUCUAUUAGCCGCUAUUAUUUCUUUUGUACGUAUACACAUAUUCGACCAAUACAAUUUUGAUUUGUAAUAUAAAAAUACCCAU